GGCACUCGGCGCUCGGCGCUGCCUCAGCCUCGGCCGCCAUGGAGCCCCGAGCCCCCCGCCGCCGCCACACCCACCAGCGCGGAUACCUGCUGACGCGGAACCCGCACCUCAACAAGGAUUUGGCAUUUACUCUGGAAGAAAGACAACAGCUGAACAUUCAUGGCUUGCUGCCACCUUGCUUUAUCAGUCAAGAGAUCCAGGUCCUGAGAGUAGUUAAAAAUUUUGAGCGCCUGAGCUCAGAUUUUGACAGGUAUCUUCUCUUAAUGGAUCUUCAAGAUAGAAAUGAGAAGCUCUUCUACAGUGUGUUAAUGUCUGAUAUUGAGAGAUUCAUGCCUAUUGUGUACACUCCCACUGUGGGUUUGGCUUGCCAACAGUAUAGUUUAGCAUUUCGGAAGCCAAGAGGCCUGUUUAUUAGUAUCUAUGACAGAGGGCACAUUGCUUCGAUUCUUAAUGCAUGGCCAGAAGAUGUUGUCAAGGCUGUUGUGGUCACUGAUGGAGAGCGUAUUCUUGGCUUGGGUGACCUUGGCUGUAAUGGGAUGGGCAUUCCCGUGGGUAAGCUGGCCCUGUACACAGCGUGCGGAGGGGUGAAUCCACAACAAUGUCUGCCUGUCAUUCUGGACGUGGGUACAGAAAAUGAGGAAUUACUUAAAGAUCCUCUGUACAUUGGACUGAGGCAGAGAAGAGUGAGAGGUGCUGAAUAUGACAGCUUUGUGGAUGAAUUCAUGGAGGCUGUUUCUUCCAAAUAUGGGAUGAAUUGUCUUAUUCAGUUUGAAGAUUUUGCCAACAUGAAUGCAUUUCGUCUUCUGAGCAAGUAUCGAAACCAGUAUUGCACAUUCAAUGAUGAUAUUCAAGGAACAGCAUCUGUUGCAGUUGCAGGUCUCCUCGCAGCUCUGCGAAUAACCAAGAACAAGCUAUCUGACCAAACCAUACUGUUCCAAGGAGCUGGAGAGGCUGCCUUAGGAAUCGCCCACCUGAUUGUUAUGGCCAUGGAGAAAGAAGGUUUACCAAAGGAGAAAGCUAUCAAAAAGAUAUGGUUGGUUGACUCAAAAGGAUUAAUAGUUAAGGGACGAGGUUCUCUAACCCAAGAAAAACAGGAGUUUGCCCAUGAACAUGAAGAAAUGAAGAACCUAGAAGCCAUUGUUCAAAAAAUAAAACCAACUGCCCUCAUAGGAGUUGCUGCAAUUGGUGGUGCAUUCACAGAGCAAAUUCUUAAAGAUAUGGCUGCCUUCAAUGAACGGCCUAUUAUUUUUGCUUUGAGUAAUCCAACCAGCAAAGCAGAAUGCUCUGCAGAGCAGUGCUACAAGAUAACAAAGGGGCAAGCGAUUUUUGCCAGUGGCAGUCCUUUUGAUCCAGUUACUCUUCCCAAUGGAAAGACCUUAUUUCCUGGCCAAGGCAACAAUUCCUAUGUGUUCCCUGGAGUUGCUCUUGGGGUGGUGGCAUGUGGACUGAGGCACAUAACAGACAAGAUUUUCCUCACGACUGCAGAGGUCAUAUCUCAACAAGUGUCAGAUAAACACUUGGAAGAGGGUCGGCUCUAUCCUCCCUUGAAUACCAUCAGAGAUGUUUCACUGAAGAUUGCAGUAAAGAUUGUGAAUGAUGCAUACAAAGAAAAUACAGCUACAGUUUAUCCAGAACCACAAGACAAAGAAGCAUUUGUCUGUUCCCAAAUGUAUAGCACCAGUUAUGACCAGAUUCUACCUGAUUGUUACUCUUGGCCUAAAGAAGUCCAGAAAAUACAGACCAAAGCUAGCCAGUAACAUAAUAGGAUUUUUAACUCCAUUAAUAAAUUGUAGAUUUUAAAGGUUGAAAUCUUUUAUGAUGAUUCACAAUAUGCUUAGCAUAAGGUAAUUUUCCUUUAACCACCAAUCAUUUGUGGAAGGCUAUUAAUAUAAAUUAGGGUAAACUUUACACUAGGCAAUUUGCUUUUCUUACUUUCCAGUUAUUUAUGACUUCUAUCUUAUGCCCAGAUUCUCCUUAAAAGAAUUGUACCUAUGACUGAGAAACUCAUAAUUUUCUGUAGGAAACUAAAGGGAAGACCCAAAUUAUUAAUAAAUUGGUAUAUCUAUUAGUCAAACUUAAUCACAGCACUAAAAUCCAUAAUUCUUUUUUGACUGUUCUGUUAAAAUCUACGUUUUAAAAAUAAAGGUAGAAAUGAGUUUAGGCAUAAAUGCACUUUUGCUAAACAGAUACACUACAUUGUUGCCUAGAGAAAAAAAAAAACAAACUUCUCAGGUAUUUUUAUUCCAGUCCUAGAUUAUAUUUAUUCUUUCCAUGAAUGCUAAUAUUUCUAAGAAAGAUCACUGGUGUUUACAAUACCUUGUGCAACUUUAGAUUAUAACGUUCUUUUGUCAUGGUUACAUCCCAUAGAUAGAGUAAAGCUCUUGCUACCUUGGGCCUGAGUUCCAAAUUCUUCCUCAAAGCACCUUUCCUUCCCUCUGACCAUAUGCCCUGCCUCUCAGCUCUUGUGAUUGGUUGCUUUCAUGAGCACAGCCUGGGCAGUGCUGAAACAGAGUUGAGAUCCUUGAGAAGGGCAUGCUCGGGAGCCAGUUUUUGAAGACAAAGGUGUCAGGAAUAAAGAGCAAAACUGAAACCAUUGUUCUCAGACAAGCUGUCUGUGAGAAUGACCUGCCGCAAUGUCCCUGUGAUUAGCACAGGUAGCUGAGAGUCCACUGCAUGGCAAUUAUCUCACCUGCCUCUGAGUGUGGAGAAAGCUUUGAAACUGUGUCCCUAAUAUUACAAGUGUCUUUCCAUUAGAAACUAAAACAUUUUAUUUGCCAAGACCAUUAUAUUUGAAAGUAUAACUACUUCCCUGAGUUGCAUUAAUUUACUUAUAAAUUAAUGACUGAAUGAAUAGAAACAGUUCCAAAUUUUUGAUCUCAGGUACAAUAACAUUUGCUAUGUAUUUAAAGACUUCUGUUUUUUAAAGUAGUCCUUUAAAGAGCAUAAGAUGUUCAAAGUAAACUGUGCUGUAAAGAGAUUAUAUUGAAAGGUGAAGAUUAUAGAUUCUUUCAAGGGGUAGGUUAAAAGGAUUGGGAACUUUCUAAUGGUAACAUCUGUUGAAGGGUUUCUUUUCAAUAUAGCUAUUUAUAAAGAUUCAGAAUUCCUGCCUUUUUCUUGUUUAUUUGCCUAUUGUCAAAAAGCUCUAAGUAAAUGUAUUUGUCUAUGCAAAAGACUUAUUAAAGCAUAGAAAAAGUGAAUGAAUAAA